CGUCGCCGCUGCCGUCUGUGUCUCGCCGCCAGCGCAGUGAUCCCAAUGUGAUCGUCUAGUGUUUCUGCUGCUGCUGCUGCUUCUCUUGAACGUCGCGCCGUCACCGCCAAAACUCCGCACCGCAGGAGGCGUGCGUCGCGUUCCCGCCGCCGCUUACAUUGGCCACCCCUUUUGCUGCCACGAGAGUGCGUGUGCGUGCGUGCGUGCCUGUGCGUGUGUGUGUGCUUGCUGCUGAUCCAUUAAUCUAUCCAUCUAUCUCGACGUUCCGUGCAACGCACCGUGUUCAACGACGUCAACAAACCCAGCGUCGUCGUUUUGUUUUCAUUCUGGUCUCCAACAAUUGACAUCAACGGACAGUAGUAACUCGCGGCUCGGCACCCGAACGACGACGCAAUGGCAGUGUUUGGGCUCGUGUCGGCCGUUGCCGGCUUCGUGAAGGUGCGCUACCUGGCCGAUAAGGCGAUCAUCGAUAACAUCGUGUUCCGGUGUCACUACCGCAUAACCAGCGCCAUCUUGUUCGCCUGCUGCAUCAUUGUCACGGCCAACAACCUGAUUGGCGAUCCGAUCUCGUGCAUCAACGAUGGUGCCGUCCCGGGGCACGUGAUCAACACGUACUGCUGGAUCACGUACACGUUCACGCUGCCGGGUCAGCAUGGACGCAAGCUCGGCACCGAGGUGGCACACUCCGGGCUCGGCAACGACAACCAGGAGCGUACCUACCACAGCUACUACCAGUGGGUACCGUUCAUGCUGUUCUUCCAGGGGCUGCUGUUCUACGUGCCCCACUGGAUCUGGAAGAACUGGGAAGAGGGUCGCAUGCGCAUGAUCACCGAGGGUAUGCGCGGUGUAUCGGCCGCCAGUCCGGUCGAGCGAAAGGACCGCCACGAGCGGUUGGCCCAGUACAUGUACGAUAGCAUCAACACGCACAACACCUACUCGUUCGGGUACUUCAUCUGCGAAAUGCUCAACUUCAUCAACGUGGUCGGUAACAUCUUCUUCGUCGACAAGUUCCUGGGCGGCGCCUUUCUGACCUACGGCUCCGAUGUGCUGAAGUUCUCCGGCAUGAAUCAGGAAAACCGAUCCGAUCCGAUGAUAGAGAUAUUCCCACGGGUCACCAAGUGUACGUUCCACAAGUACGGUUCGUCGGGCAGCAUCCAGAAGCACGAUGCGCUCUGCGUGCUGGCGUUGAACAUACUCAACGAAAAGAUCUACAUCUUCCUGUGGUUCUGGUUCAUCGUGCUGGCGGUCGCCUCCGGGUUGGCUAUCAUCUAUUCGGCCGCCAUCGUGAUGAUGCCGACGACGCGGGAAGCCGUUCUGAAGCGUCGGUUCCGCUGUGCGAAACCGUCCGACAUUUGCAACCUCAUCCGUCGCAUUCAAAUCGGCGACUUCCUCAUGAUCCAUCUGCUCGGCCAGAAUCUCAACGUGACGUCGUACAGCGAAAUGCUGCACACCUACAUGGGCCUGCUGGAUGAGCAGCCGAUGCCGGGCGACACACCGUCGGCACCGUCGACCCUCGAAAUGGCACCGAUGUACCCGGCGAUCGAGAAAUACGGUAAAGAAACUGAAACCUAGAGAAGAACGUGGCAGCACUAGCGGAAGAGCGCAUCGCAAUCUUCUGCUGCCUUUCCUCAUCCAAGUUGCAAUAUUUGAACCCCUGACUGGAAUUUGAUUCCCACGAUUCCCACCCAAGGCACCCGAAAAACCUAGACCUACCACGACACACACUCGUAGCAUGUCCCCAGAAGUAUGUAGACUUAGGCGUUUCGACACCUGAACACGGAUGCACGCGAAAGCUCUUUAGUUUUGUAGUUAAACCAGAACCAGAAUGCAUGUAGUAGAAACAGUAGAAAGAAUUUGCGCGGUACAAACCCGAUGCCACCGAUGUCGAUUGUGCGCCAACGAAUUCCUUUUAGAGUCAAAAUUGUACCUUAGCCCCCCAAAAAACCUCCUGGUCGUGUUUUGGUUUCCGUUUUUUUUCGCACCCUAUUUCGGUUUCAUCAUCCUCCGCCAUACUCGCCACUAAACAAAAAGUUUUGUUUCCAAUUUUUGGCUCGUUCAACACUCGCGAUCACGAUCGGUCUCGGCGGUGGUGGCGGCAACGACGACUACGGCGGCAUCCAUAAACAGACAAGGAGAAAGAGGUUAUGCACCAGGACUACGAAGCAUAAGAGUUAGUGGCCCGGGCCCGGAGCGCAGUGUAGGGCCACAGGUAUUAUGAAUCGACCAAUUGGCUGCACAUCAGACAAACACACAGCAGAGAAAACAGCAUUAUCCAGCCCAGGGAUGGGUUGCACGGGAGUUCCAUUCACGGGAGGGGUGAUGGUGGCGAAAAAGAUUGACCAUCCCCCGUUAACACAAUAUUCAGAAAUGCCCCGAACAGUUAAUUAAGCCGCAAAAGGCCCUACUUUAGAAGCUCCUUAAUGAAUCGAAACUAAACGAAACAAGAAAAAACUGUAGGAGAUUAUCAAAACGAUGAACCGUGAACGUACAAGGAUGAUCGUGUUAGGCUUAAAGAGAGACAGAGAGAAAAUAGCGAACCGGAACCGUAUUUUGACGGUGUUCGAACGUGGUGCCAGAUGGCGGAUGCACGGUGCACUCACCAUAUUCCGUGUGAGAAAUAGCGAAAAGAAAUUAGAACCACAAGACUGUCCCCCGUGUGUGUUGUACCAUGUGUUUUUUGUAAUGUUCCUCCUUCUCGUUUGGUGCAACAAAACAAUAUGUAUUUUAUUAAUCUCCCUUUUUUUUAAACCUACUUUCGAGAGCAUCGUCCAAAUUUUUAGAUGUUUUUAUUAUUUUUCGAAACGGCAGAGGAAGCUUGUGCGCAAGUGUUUUAAUAAGAAAGUGUGUCCUCUCGUAAAAUGGGCUCCUGUCGUGAUAGUAAGAUUCGAAGUAGGGUUAAAUCGGAAGUAGUACGUUAUAAAGACUAGAGAAAAAAAGAAAUUAACAAAUGCAAAGGACUACUUUAUUCCACACGACACCACCGUUUGCCAUUAGACAGUUUGCGGCAAGAUUGCAACGGAUACUCUCAAUUGAUGAGCAACGAGAAGCAUAACUCACAGAACAAUAAGGACUCAUUUGGGUCACAUCAAGGGGAUACACUGUGCCCCAGUUGGAUGCAUUCCAGUUCGUCGAUAACACGUCACGUAGAUACACACGAUUGCAAUCAUUGAAAUGAAUCGAGCAGAAAACAUAGAGCAGCAAUCACUCAACAAAACCGGCCUCACAGACCAGGCUCGUGGCUUAGAUUUUAGACACCUUCUAUCUCAUUUUACAACCAAGUACGAUAAAAAAACAAGCUGCCUUAGAGAAACCAAGUAAAAUGUUCAACUUUAGGGACCCUCCUUUUAAUGGUAGGCAAAACGUUAGAAAUAUAAUUUUGUCUCGGUGUAUCUUCUCACAACGUUGGGAGACGGAAAAUACGAAAACAAAACUCCUCGCUAGAUGCACUCGCGCUGCGUUGGAAGCGUUAUUUCACGGCAAACUUUCCAUUAUUUUUUUCGUAAAUUUAAUUUUAACAAAUACAAGUGGCUAGCGCGGCAACUCUUUUGAACGACUAGGUUUAGUUUAGUCUAAUGCACUUACGUACGGGCCUCCAACGGGCCUCCGGACACUCAACGCGGAGCAAUAACGUACGAUGGAAAGUAGUUACAAAGUAGUUUCUAGCACACAUGGAAGCAAUCGACAAAUUUCUGUGUAAUGUGUAAUGAUGUGCUGUGGACAACAAAAACAACUAGCUGCCGUUUGUCGUUAGUAUGCUAUUUUCCGAGAAGCUGCAUGUCUCCAACUUGCGAAGACGAACGUCGUUUGGCUCGGUUUGAAGUGUUGAAGAGCAGCAGAAAAAGGGUGUCGCAAAACAAAACUCACGGGAGCAAAACGCGGAAGGGAGUAAUGCAUUCUCUAAUUGUGAUUACAUUGAUAAGAUUAAGAGAAAGCUAAUAAAGAUGAGGACUAGAUUUUGAGUA